GGCCCGGAUUUAACGUGUUCAAAACGAUUUCGCGUUUCUCCUCUACUUUGCAUAAACGAGAAAGGGGAGCGGCGAAGAAGAGGCAGCGAUGGCGACUCAAGAUCCCGACAAGCUUAUGGCCAAAGCAGACAAUUUAACUAAACUCAGUUUUACAAGAUGGAAUGCAGACUGGAGGAAUGCUACUGUGUUGUAUGAGCAAGCUGCUGUUGGCUACAGAUUCAAGAAAGAAAAUGAGAAAGCAAAAGAAGCUUUUGAGAAGGCUUCCAAGGGACAAGAAAUGAUUUCCUCGCCUUGGGAUGCUGCCAAACAUAUGGAGUCUGCUGCUGCUCUAGCAAAAGAGCUUGGUCACUGGAACGAAGUUUCAGACUUUUAUAGAAAAGCAUCUGAAUUAUACAGAGAAUGUGGAAGAUCACAGCCUGCAUCGGAUGCUCUAGGAAAGGGUGCUAGUGCUUUGGAAGAUACAAACCCUGAUGAAGCUGUUCAGUUGUAUAUUGAAGCUUGUGAAAUUCUAGAGGAAGAUGGGAAAGAACAAAUGGCCUUCGAUUUAUAUCGUGCGGUGACAAGCAUUAAUGUUAAACUCGAGAGAUAUACUGAUGCUGCAACGUUUCUCUUACGAUGGGGUGUAGCAGCUGAUAAAUGCAAUGCUGUUAACAGUCAAUGCAAGGCUUACCUGAGUGCGAUCAUCGUUUACCUCUAUAUGCAUGAUUUCCAGCAAGCUCAGAAAUGCUACAAUGAUUGCUCUCAAGUUGGUUCAUUUUUAAGUAGUGACCAAGGUCGUUGCACAAGCAAGUUGUUGUCUGCAUAUGAAGAAAGUGACGUUGAAGAGAUUAAGCGCCUUGCUCAAUCAAGUCCAAUUACACAUCUUGAUCAUGUGAUCAUCAGGAUUGCGAGGAAAUUGCCUACUGGGGAUCUGAAAGAGCUCAAGAAAGAAGAGGAUAAAGCAGAAGAGCAAACUUUGGAUGAAAAUGAUCUCACAUGAAGUUGCAACUGAGUCAAUGGGAAUUCAUUCUGGAGUGCAUGAUGUCCUAUUGACAGUGAUGUCAUAAGGCUUAUACACAAUCUCAAACCACAUUUGAUGUGUUCUUGUUUCUCCGAUUCAUCUUUGGUGGCUGUAUAUUUCCAUUAGAUUGCAUAUUCGAGCCUGUCUCAUGAUGACUUCAGAUGAUGUUGGUGAUAGAGAGAUUAAUGAAUAACACAUGGUUUUUCUUUUAA